UAUAUAUAUUUAUGUAUCCACCCACGCAGACACAUACAUAUAAACAAACACAUCUCUACUCACCUCUUAAUGUGAUUACGUGAAAAAGCUCCACAAGACAAAAGCACAACCCACCAUCAAAUCAUCUUCUUCCUCAUCUUUCUGUUUCUUUCAUCACUCAUUGUCAACAGUCGAGAAAAUUAUAAAUGGCAGAAAACGAUUCACUGGCAGAGUUCUUGGUCUCCGCAGUCGAUGCAGCUAAGAAAGCUGGCGAGGUAAUACGUAAUGGGUUUUAUCAGACCAAGCAUGUGGAGCAUAAAGGCCAGGUGGAUUUAGUUACGGAAACUGAUAAAGCAUGUGAAGAUCUCAUAUUUAACCAUCUCAAGCAGCUAUACCCCACUCAUAAGUUUAUUGGAGAAGAAACUACUGCUGCUUAUGGUGUUUCAGAGCUGACCGAUGAGCCCACAUGGAUAGUUGAUCCCCUUGAUGGAACAACUAAUUUUGUGCAUGGGUUCCCGUUUGUUUGUGUCUCAAUUGGUCUCACAAUCAGGAAGGUCCCUACGGUUGGUGUUGUUUACAAUCCAAUAAUGGCUGAGCUUUUUACAGCCAUCCCAGGAAAAGGUGCCUUUUUGAACGGAAACCCAAUAAAAGUAUCAUCUCAAACUGAACUCGUGAAGUCUCUCCUUGCAACGGAGGCCGGAACCACACGUGAUCAGGGAACUUUAGAUGCUACUACAAAUAGAAUCAAUUAUUUGCUCUCCAAGGUGAGAUCCAUUCGGAUGAGUGGCUCUUGUGCAUUAAACCUAUGCGGAAUCGCGUGUGGAAGGCUCGAUCUCUUUUAUGAACUUGGAUUUGGUGGUCCAUGGGAUAUUGCUGGGGGAGUUGUGAUUGUCAGAGAAGCUGGAGGGAUUGUGUAUGAUCCAUCCGGAAAAGAUCUCGAUAUCACAUUACAGAGGAUUGCUGCUUCGAACCCUUCGCUCAAGGAUGCAUUUGUUGAGGCUUUGAUGCUGUCAAAAUUGUAAGGCAACUGUAGCCCAUGAAAGACAAGGGAGAGUAUGAUUUAUACCAAGUUUAAUUUUCCCUUCAGGAGGGAUUAACAAUGUAGCAUUUUCUGAGAAAGUUGAUGAAAUUGUCAAAUUUUUUUCAAUUGACAUGUCCUUGUUAUAGUGCCAGAUCGAUUAUCGUGCUGAGAAAACGUUCUUAUGGUUGUUCA